CGAAGAAGAGCGCAUAACCGGAUGUUUGUUUCGUUUGGUCCCGGAGAGCGGGAGACGGCAGAAUAGAUGAGACGAUGGCAUCCCAAGCGCCAGACGUCAACGUCUCGCCGGGACUCUUCGUGACUGCUGAAGGAAAGCCCCUGUCCUUCUAUUUGCGACCGGGUCCCAUCAAGAAAGAACUCCACCCUCUCAUCAAAGCCAGGGGAGGCACCAUGUGCAAUUUCCAGAAGCUUGGAUCCAUUUUGCUGAUUGACCCGAAGGAAAAAGGCAUCACAGCAGGCACAGCUCAUCUGUACGUCUCUAUCCAGUUCAUCCACGAUUGUGUGGAAAAAAAUGUGCUGCUGAAUCUCGAGGACUAUAGAAUGAAAACCGGAACAGUCCCGAAAAGUCAAACAUCUAGCAAGGACAAGAGGAAGUCUCCUGACAAUCCAGCAGGCAGGCAAGCGUACAGCCCCAGGGAUGACGCCGCCAUUCUGAAAUUCGUCAGCCGCCGAAAGUUGGAAGUUAAGGGCAAUACUCUCUGGAAGCAGAUGGAAAAAGAGUGUGUAACCACUCACAGUUGGCAGUCAAUGAAAGCCCGUUACAAAGAUCACCUGUUUCACAAACACGCAAAAGACGUCGAGGAGUCGGAAGCAACUGCGGAAGACGUGCAGGACAGCAAAGAAGCUCAAGUGUCAGACAGUUCGUCUUCUGAAGAUGAUGAUGCUGCUGCUAAUCCUCAAAUGGACUCAACGCCAAAAGACUCGCCAUCGACUAACCCGGCUAAAGAUCUAACAAUGAGUGACCUGCUCGUUGCAUCUGAAAAAGGACCUUCGAGUGAUACCCAAACUCUAACGCCCAGACCUCUCCAGCACGAGAAAAAAACGCUAAAUGAUGAGCUCAAACCAGAGGCGACUGUUGAAGAUGAAACGCUCGAGUCCUUGCGGCCGGAGAAGAGCAUUGAACCAGAACCGGAAACAGACCAGCCGCAAGCAAAGGCAUCGCCUCUGAAUAAAUCACCCGAGAGCAUAGAGGCCGCCCGAACCGAUGAUGAAGAGGAUGCUUUGCAUGUGGCUUGCCGCUGGAUGCGCAAACAGUUUAAGGAUUGUGAGAUUGAAGAACAGUCCAGCAGAACGCUCCUUUCAUCCGCUCCAUCAUCAGCAUCAGCAAGUUGUGGCAGCCAUCUGCCAUCCUCCUCUCCCAUCCUCAGGAAAACCAAGUUAGGCUCGUCCUCCAUCCAAAAAGAGAUCAGCGAGAAUGAGCCGCCUUCUAAGCGAGCAAAAGGAGAAAGCUCAGCAGCAGCGGAAGAGGAUGAUGUUGGAGAAGAAGAAGCAGCAGCAACAGCAGAAGAAGCAGAGAGUCAACAAGUGGAUGCUGAGCAGCUUUCUGCCCCACCACAAGCAAGUCCAUCUUAUGACAACCAGCCAAGUGAGUCUGGGCCUCAGCAGGCAGAGGGGGAGAAGAAGAAGAGCCGGAACCAGAGAAUAAUUGAGAGGGCCACAAAAGAGUUUUUGAGCAGCUCCAGCUCCACUUCGAGCGACAGCGACAGUGAGUCUUCUGAAGAUGUUUUCCAAACGGCUCCAUCAAAACAAUUGGCCUCCUUGGACGUUUCACCGUCCCAUGCCGAUUCGCGGCUCACUCAACAAGAACACGGUGAAAAGCAGACCCAGUCUCAGGACUACUUGUCUCAGCGACCAAGCUGUGCGGUCAUGGAGGAACCUGAAGCUGAACUGGAUGGCGAAUCUCAGGAAGAAGAUGGUGUCCAGGAAGAUGACGAUGGCCCUCCAGAGCAAGCCCAGUUAGAGGAGGACAAGCGGCGUAUCAGAGAACUGAUGAAGCAGACAAACCAGGACUUGCAGUCGGUGGUUAAAGCCUUGCUGAAGACUAGCGGCGACUUCACCGCCGCCUUACGCCUCCUUUCUAAUCCCGCGGCCUUCAGUACGCGGCUUUGGACCCGCCAAGACGAUGACCUCCUGCGGUUGGGCGACCCAGCCGACCUCCAGCGACUUCAGAGGAAGCACGGCGAAGUGGCCUUGGCCAAGCGCAUGGCGGGAUCAUGAUUUUACUCAUGGGGUUGCACACAAGACACAGGUAAGUGGCACAAGGUGACCGUAUCGCUCAGCAAAUACUUUUCCUAUAGCCCUUUCCAUGUCAAAGGUUGAAUACUUUUAUUUUCUAUUCUCCGUAUUGUACAAUGAACAGCAUUUACUUUUCUGUGUUGUACGAGUAAGAAAUAUUAAUAUAAAAUUUUAGGUAACCAAUAUUGUCAAUGGGAGAAUCAUAUUUUCAGUAUUCACACAAUAUGACAAGAGUCAACGAAUGUUUCCCUCUCACUGUUUAUUCAACUUACCCCAACAUUGAGCACAUUCAUUAUUUUUUGCCCCAGACCCACAUGACUAUGUUAAUAUUUAUUUUGAUAAAGAAGAAAUAAAUGAACAAAUGGAUGGAAACAAAAUUAAAGGACCCUCACAUGGCCAUGAAUGCAACUUUUGCUACCGCCUGCAUUGUAGAAGUCAUUCAAAGGGGAUACUAAUUGGUACACACAAACAUCCAUUUUUAAAAAGUAGUAUAAAAAAGAUUUUUAGUACGAAAUAUUCACAUCCUUGCAUGUCAAGCAAGCACACAUCCCUGCUUUUUUAACAUUUUUAACAGCCACUCACAGCUUUAAUGCGUAAAUCAACAGCCUUGUUACAAAGGCUCGUUUUUAAUGAAACGUAAAAUAAAAAGCUCCUGAUGUAGAACAUAAUUCGUACAUGCAUA